CAAAGGUGGUCUUCAGUACCAGUCAUCACUUCAUCCCGGUGACAGACACACCAGAGCUUGAAGCAUCUCAUCAUGCACGGUCUAACUUUGGCAGCACUUCUUGGAGUGGUUGCAGCGGCGUACGGCGUCGUUACUUUCAGUGCCUACGAUGAUGCUGAGAAGGAUGCGCAAGAUAUUUUUCAGAUUUUAAUGCGACCUCGGACACCAGAGAGGUACAUGCCGAAGUCAUAUUUCCAGAAACACGGAAUACAGCCAGCAACAAGGCUGACAACGUUUAGUGUCAAGAACUGUGGCAACCCCGCAACUGAAGCCGGCAAGCUUGUUACUCUUCAAGUAACCCCUGACCCCAUACAACUUCCGGGUGAAAUAGGUGUGGCUUUCGCUUUGAACAUCUACAGGGCAGUCCAGUCUCCUCUGAAGACCUCUGUGCAGAUCAAGAAGAGGGUGACGUCCAACUGGAUCACUAUCCCCUGUAUCAACCAGUUCGGCACCUGUGACUAUGAUGACUUCUGUGAAAUCCUGGACAUGAUACCGGAAUGUCCACAACCAUUCAUCGACAAUAACGUGCCCUGCCAGUGUCCCUUCAACCAGGGAAACUACACACUGCCCAAGACUCAGUUUGAGGUGGAUGCCUCCUUCCUGCCUGCUGGGGACUACUUUGGUCAGCUGAACAUGACGAUGAACAACGCCCCCGUGGCCUGCUACCAGGUCUACCUCACGUUGGCCUGACAUGUUCCAGUGUCCGCCACAGCUGUAAUAGUCUACCAACACCCUCUCUUCUACCAUCAUCAUGACCAUUUCAACUUCUACUCAACCUUAAUCUUAAAUCAACCCUAGCACAGUAUAUGGAAAAAAUCUUAUCAUGGAUUUAUAGUCUCAUUGACGGAAUAUUAACAUAUUUCGACCCAUGUCAAAGUCGCAUCCCUCCAGAGCAGUCAGUACAAUCUAUGCAGUUUCUGAGGACAACCAUGCCGUGUUCUUGUGCCAUAGCACCGGUACCUCUAACAGUUCCCUGAAUGAUUUUUGCCUUGCCAAACCCAUUCUUUGCGUUUUAAGAUGUAACCCCAAAAUGAACGUCAAGCCAAUUGCUUGAGCAGGAUUUUUUUCUAUGCAACUACCCAGGUUAAACGAUUUGAUUAAGAUGAAACUGAUGAGUCAUGACUCUUCACUGUGUACAAUUAUGGCCUUUAUUAUGGUUGAAUGUACCUACUCAUUUGAAUAAAAAUAGUGGAACAUA